CCGGCGGACCCAGACAAGAAGCGUAAAUACAACGCCUUCCUCGAUCAGCUCAGCGAUGGGGAGUUUGAUACGCUCUCAGAGCAGGCCCUCCGCAAUAUCGCCAAGGAUUUCAAGCUCAUGAAUGGCGGCCCUCCCCGGGAGGCAGAGAACGUGACCCCCGAGCAGGUCUCGGCGCUCGCAGCACGAGUCGCUGACGACCACGCGCCGUGCACACAUUUCGCCCUCUGGGGCCCUUUCGGGCGCCAGCAGAAAAAGGUCCUGAAGUUCACGGCGCAGAUCUUCGUAAACGGGGAGUUGGUCACUCGCCAGUUGUCAGGGCCGCCGCCCUUUGAGACGUGGGGGGCGUGCUGGCGUGUGUUCCGCACGGGAAUGCUCAUGCUGAAAGCGUGCCUGCUCAUGCUGAAAGCGUGCCAGCCAGGCCCCCUGGACGGUUACGAAGAGGGUAUCCGCUUGCUGGCACACACUUUUCCCCAGCACUGGGUGGUCGUGCGCAGGGCAGAUGAUACCAUGAGGGCAGAGCGCUGGGAAAGGAUCCGCCAGGACAUCGAGGCCAAGGUGGAGGCCAGAAAGUAUUCGGAACCGUUCGAUCCGGAGAGGCCCUGGGAAGCAGUCGUCCGCGAGGCGGCCUACGGGGAAAACAGCAAGCGCUCCGGCUGGUGGUACGAGAACGUCGACAAGCCGCGCCUGACUAAGCCGCCUUCCCGCGCGGAGCUCCGGGUACUGGCAGCGCCGCCUGCUGCUUCGGGCGCCGCUUCGGCUGGGGCGGGCGGCAGGCCAGCCCAGGGCAACGACCGGCCGGCCAAGAAGGCCAGGGCCCAGGCGCCCAAGGGGCUCGCGGCGCUCGACCGCCGCAAGGAUGGCCGCUUCCUCCGCGACAGCGACGAGAAGGAGUUGUGUUUCGCGUGGGACAGGUCCAGCCGCGGGUGCGGGGAGCCGUGCAAGUCGAAGCCGCCCCGCGUGCACCUGUGCGAAUGGUGCCUGGGGCCGCGCCGCGCGGUGGACGAG